UUCUUAAUAAAAAAAAGUCGUCUGCUGUUAGCCUGCUUUCGAAAUAAAAAGCAUAUAUAAUUAUAAUUUAUUUUUAAUUAUUAGGAAAAUAAUUACCGAGAUAAAAGAUUGUGAUUUGUUUUAAUAUAAACGGUUUAACGAAACAAGACUGUCAGAAUGUUAGGUAUGAAUUGGUUGAAACGUAAACUUAAAAAAAAUAUGACUCCACUUCAACGUCCAUAUGCAGCAAAAAUGUCUCGACGAUUAUCUUUUAUUUAUGCAUUUUUGGGAUGGAAUUUUGUAGCUGUUUUAAUCUACAUGACAUUUAAAUCACAUAUACCAGAGGGUCCUGGAAAAACACAAAGAUAUCUUGAAAUAAUGAAUAUCUCAAAAGCGGAAGUUAUUCAAUUAUCAGGAUUAAAAAAAAUCUCAGAAUAUCAAGUUGAUAGAACAGAAGAAUAUUUAAAAAGUAAAGAAGGUACUGGCGAUAUAGAGGUUAUGAUUGAUUAAUUUUAAAUUAAAAAAGAGAAAAAUAA